AUGAGUGUGAGUAAAGUAGGCAAGGUGGUUUUAGAGUUGGGUGGAGGUCUGUGCCGAUGGCGGAUCGGGAGUGUGGGGAGUGAGAGAGGAGACGGCGGUGGCGGCGGGCGCGGCUCGGAGCCCCAGGCAUGCAGCGGCAUGGCCGGCGAGGCUGCGGGCACGUCACGCGGCCUCCGCGUCUACAAGAUAGUGGUGCUUGGAGAUGGCGGUGUUGGCAAGUCCGCUGUAACAUUACAGUUCGUAAGCCAUAGUUUUCUGGACUACCAUGACCCGACUAUAGAGGACUCUUAUCAGCAACAGGCCGUAAUAGAUGGUGAACCAGCUUUGUUAGAUAUUUUGGAUACAGCUGGACAGGUGGAAUUCACGGCCAUGCGGGAACAGUAUAUGAGAUGCGGAGAAGGUUUCGUGCUGUGCUACUCGGUGACAGAUCGACGAUCGUUUCGCGCGGCCUCUGAAUACAGAAGACUGUUGGCACAAGCAAGGCCGUCGGAGAGGCUGCCUCUUGUGCUCGUCGGCAACAAGCUGGACUUGGCGCCGAGGUUUAGACAAGUCACCACUGAGGAAGGAAAAGCCUUAGCUACACAGCUUGGUUGUCCAUUCUUCGAGACAUCUGCUGCAUUACGACACUUCGUUGAUGAUGCGUUCCAUGCGCUGGUGAGAGAGAUACGACGCCUGGAAAGACAGAGACAGUCUUCGUUGAUGGGGACGGGCAUUUCCAUGAGCGGCGGGCGUCGGAGGUGGAGGCGCCUUCGCAGCAUCUUCGCGCUCGUGUUCCGCCGCCGCCGGAGACACCACGCCUCGCCC